UUUACACAACCGUAACAGUCGCAGAACAGUUAAAAAGAUACGAGGUGCGUAAGGAAAGUCCUGACUCAACGUCUUGCUGGUGUUACUUGUAAACGCUUAGUACAACAAAAUCCAAGGGCAGUUUGGUCCGCUUUUGCACUGCACCGACUGCACUAAGUAAUUUUGUUAUUUUGAAACCGUCUCUGCCCAGAGAGUCCUGUUCGCAACCUCUGGCCAAGGAGCGGGAGGUGCGAGCACCCGGGUACGCUGACAGGGCCUGGGUGCAAUCAGCGCGUCCCAGGUGUUUGGGCGGGAAAACCGCCCCGGCUCAGGGCACAGGUGUGGGCUGUGAGCCGAGAUUUGCUUCAAGCGCGCGUGCAAAAUUUCGGCGUUUUGCUGUGAGCCCUCGGGACGAGCACUAGCCUAUCGCGACAGGGAGCCUGCCCAGUACUGCAGCACCGCGCGCCUCCGCACCGCGCAGCGCCGCACGAGCGGCGGCGGGAGGCGCGAGGCCGCGCGCGCGCGCUGCCUCAGGGCCCGGGCAGGCUCCUCGCGCCUCCACAGCAGUCCUUCCGUGGUCAGCGGCGACCGCCCGGGCGGCAGGCGCCCUCCGGAACUCGCCGUGCCCUACGGUUUUAUUUUCCUUCUCACGGUAAAAAAUGCUGGGCUUCCCUGGCCUUCAUCAUCAUCAUUAUUCUCUUUCUCCUCCUCCUUGACGAGCCGCCGUCUCCCCGGUAACUGCGGUACUGGACGGGCAGAGCGGGAGCGACGCUACCUCAUCGCCUCAGUGAGGGCCGCGGCCAGUGGAGGUGUCGCUCCCUCACGCCCAGACCUGGUUACUGGAAGCGUUCCACAUGGUCAGGCAGUACUUUCAGACAAGCUUAUUUUGUAUUAAAUGAAGUUUAAUUUUGAGGUACUUUAGGAGAAACUUGCAAGUGACUUGACACUAUGGUAGCUCUUUCCUUGAAGAUCUGUGUCCGCCAAUGCAAUGUAGUGAAGACAAUGCAGUUUGAACCAUCCACUGCAGUGUAUGAUGCCUGUAGAGUUAUUCGUGAACGUGUGCCAGAGGCUCAAACAGGGCAAGCCUCUGACUAUGGAUUGUUCUUGUCAGAUGAAGAUCCUCGAAAAGGUAUAUGGCUGGAGGCUGGAAGAACACUGGAUUAUUACAUGCUGAGAAAUGGGGAUAUAUUGGAGUACAAAAAGAAACAAAGACCUCAGAAAAUACGUAUGUUGGAUGGUUCAGUGAAAACAGUCAUGGUGGAUGAUUCUAAAACAGUUGGUGAAUUGCUGGUUACCAUUUGCAGCAGGAUAGGAAUAACAAAUUAUGAGGAAUAUUCCUUAAUCCAGGAAAGCAUCGAAGAGAAGAAAGAGGAGAGUACAGGAACACUUAAGAAAGAUAGGACAUUGUUGCGCGAUGAAAGAAAAAUGGAAAAACUGAAGGCAAAGCUUCAUACAGAUGAUGAUUUAAAUUGGCUAGAUCACAGCCGAACUUUUAGAGAACAAGGAGUCGAUGAAAAUGAAACACUACUGUUGAGACGAAAGUUUUUUUAUUCAGACCAGAACGUAGAUUCAAGAGAUCCUGUUCAGCUUAAUUUGCUUUAUGUUCAGGCUCGUGAUGACAUUCUGAAUGGUUCCCAUCCUGUCUCCUUUGAGAAGGCCUGCGAGUUUGGAGGCUUUCAAGCACAGAUCCAGUUUGGACCUCAUGUAGAACACAAACAUAAACCUGGAUUUUUAGACCUAAAAGAAUUCCUGCCUAAAGAAUAUACCAAACAAAGAGGGGCUGAAAAGAGAAUAUUUCAGGAGCACAAAAACUGUGGUGAGAUGACUGAAAUAGAAGCCAAAGUGAAGUAUGUGAAGCUAGCCCGUUCCCUGCGGACCUACGGAGUGUCAUUUUUUCUUGUUAAGGAAAAAAUGAAAGGCAAAAACAAGUUAGUUCCUCGUUUACUGGGUGUCACCAAAGACUCAGUGAUGCGUGUGGAUGAGAAGACCAAGGAAGUGUUGCAGGAAUGGCCACUGACAACUGUGAAACGCUGGGCUGCCUCACCUAAAAGCUUCACUCUGGAUUUUGGUGAAUAUCAGGAAAGCUAUUACUCAGUACAGACCACUGAAGGAGAACAGAUCUCUCAAUUAAUUGCAGGUUACAUUGAUAUCAUCCUAAAGAAGAAACAAAGUAAAGAUAGAUUUGGGCUUGAAGGUGAUGAGGAAUCAACCAUGUUGGAAGAAUCUGUUUCGCCUAAGAAAUCUACCAUCUUGCAGCAGCAGUUCAACCGAACAGGGAAGGUGGAGCAUGGCUCUGUGGCACUACCAGCUGUUAUGCGUUCAGGGUCCAGUGGCCCAGAGACUUUCAACAUUGGCAUCAUGCCUUCUCCUCAGCAACAAGUCACAAUUGGUCAGAUGCACAGAGGACAUAUGCCCCCGCUUACCUCAGCUCAGCAGGCCUUGAUGGGGACUAUUAAUACCAGUAUGCAUGCUGUUCAACAAGCACAAGCUGACCUCAGUGAAGUUGAUAACCUACCACCUCUAGGGCAGGACAUGGCAUCUAGAGUAUGGGUUCAGAACAAGGUUGAUGAAUCAAAACAUGAAAUACACUCUCAGGUCGAUGCUAUCACUGCAGGAACUGCGUCUGUUGUUAACCUUACAGCAGGGGACCCAGUUGACACUGAUUAUACUGCUGUGGGAUGUGCAAUUACAACCAUCUCAUCCAACCUUACUGAGAUGUCUAAAGGUGUGAAACUGCUUGCUGCUCUCAUGGAUGAUGAAGUUGGAAGUGGAGAAGACCUCCUGAAAGCUGCUCGAACAUUGGCCAGUGCUGUCUCAGACUUGCUGAAGGCUGUGCAACCUACUUCAGGAGAGCCUCGACAGACAGUUUUGACUGCAGCUGGAAGCAUUGGGCAAGCAAGCGGGGAGCUGCUGAGACAAAUUGGAGAGAAUGAAACGGAUGAAAGGUUCCAGGAUGUUCUGAUGAGCCUGGCCAAAGCUGUUGCAAAUGCUGCUGCCAUGUUAGUGCUGAAGGCCAAGAAUGUAGCACAGGUCGCUGAGGAUACAGUCCUGCAGAACAGGGUCAUUGCUGCUGCUACACAGUGUGCGCUCUCUACUUCGCAGCUUGUGGCUUGUGCGAAGGUUGUGAGUCCUACCAUCAGCUCUCCAGUGUGUCAGGAACAGCUGAUUGAGGCAGGGAAACUGGUAGACCGGUCAGUGGAGAACUGUGUGAGGGCCUGCCAGGCUGCCACAGAUGACAUUGAGUUACUGAAGCAGGUCAGUGCAGCUGCCAGCAUUGUCAGCCAAGCCCUGAAUGACCUCUUGCAGCAUGUCCGCCAGUUUGCAAGCAGGGGAGAGCCCAUCGGACGCUAUGACCAGGCUACAGAUACCAUCAUGUGUGUCACAGAGAGUAUUUUCAGUUCAAUGGGAGAUGCUGGUGAAAUGGUACGGCAGGCCAGAGUGCUGGCUCAAGCAACUUCUGAUCUUGUUAAUGCCAUGAGGUCAGAUGCUGAAGCAGAAAUCGACAUGGACAACUCUAAGAAGCUUCUGGCUGCUGCAAAGCUCCUGGCAGAUUCUACAGCCCGCAUGGUUGAAGCUGCAAAGGGAGCUGCAGCCAAUCCUGAAAAUGAGGAUCAACAGCAGCGUCUGAGAGAAGCAGCAGAGGGACUGCGGGUUGCUACAAAUGCUGCUGCACAGAAUGCCAUCAAGAAGAAAAUUGUCAACAGAUUAGAGAUUGCAGCUAAACAAGCUGCAGCUGCUGCUACUCAGACUAUUGCAGCUUCUCAGAAUGCAGCUGUUUCAAAUAAGAACGCAGCAGCCCACCAGCAACUUGUGCAGAGCUGUAAGAAUGUUGCAGACCACAUUCCUCAGUUGGUGCAGGGUGUAAGAGGAAGUCAAGCUCAGGCAGAAGACCUCAGUGCCCAGCUUGCUCUAAUAAAUUCCAGCCAGAACUUCCUUCAGCCUGGAAGUAAAAUGGUGGCAUCUGCUAAAGCUGCAGUCCCCACUGUGACUGAUCAAGCAGCAGCAAUGCAGCUAAGUCAGUGUGCAAAGAAUCUUGCUACCAGCUUAGCUGAGCUACGAACUGCCUCGCAGAAGGCUCAUGAAGCAUGUGGCCCAAUGGAAAUUGAUUCUGCUUUGAAUACAGUCCAGACGCUCAAAAAUGAACUGCAAGAUGCGAAGAUGGCAGCUGUGGAUGGACAGUUAAAACCUCUCCCAGGAGAAACUCUUGAGAAAUGCGCUCAGGACCUGGGAAGUACAUCCAAAGCAGUCGGUUCAUCAAUGGCCCAGUUGUUAACUUGUGCUGCUCAAGGGAACGAGCACUACACAGGAGUUGCUGCCAGAGAAACUGCUCAGGCUUUGAAGACUUUGGCUCAGGCAGCACGAGGGGUUGCAGCAUCUACUACCGACCCUGUGGCAGCACAUGCAAUGUUGGAUUCAGCAAGGGAUGUCAUGGAAGGCUCUGCUAUGCUUAUUCAGGAGGCGAAGCAGGCCCUGGCCGCACCAGGGGAUGCGGAUAGUCAGCAGAGAUUAGCCCAGGUGGCAAAAGCAGUGUCUCACUCCUUGAAUAACUGUGUGAAUUGUCUGCCUGGACAAAAGGAUGUGGAUGUGGCCUUGAAGAGUAUUGGGGAAUCUAGCAAGAAGCUCCUUGUUGAUUCGCUGCCUCCAAGUUCUAAGUCGUUUCAAGAAGCUCAGAGCGAACUGAACCAGGCAGCAGCAGACCUGAAUCAGUCAGCAGGAGAAGUCGUCCAUGCUACACGGGGCCAAAGUGGGGAAUUGGCUGCAGCCUCUGGAAAAUUCAGUGAUGAUUUUGAUGAAUUUCUUGAUGCUGGUAUUGAAAUGGCUGGCCAAGCACAAACUAAAGAGGACCAGAUUCAAGUAAUAGGUAACCUCAAGAGCAUCUCCAUGGCUUCCAGUAAGCUGUUACUAGCUGCCAAGUCUCUGUCUGUUGAUCCUGGAGCUCCUAAUGCCAAGAACCUGUUAGCAGCAGCAGCAAGAGCUGUGACUGAGAGUAUAAACCAGCUUAUCACACUGUGCACCCAGCAAGCUCCCGGGCAGAAGGAAUGUGAUAAUGCACUCAGAGAACUGGAGACAGUGAAAGGAAUGCUGGAUAACCCCAAUGAACCUGUGAGCGAUCUCUCAUAUUUUGAUUGUAUUGAGGGCGUGAUGGAAAACUCAAAGGUUCUUGGAGAAUCAAUGGCAGGCAUUUCCCAGAAUGCAAAAACUGGGGAUCUUUUAGUCUUUGGAGAAUGUGUUGGAGUUGCAUCAAAGGCUCUUUGUGGCCUCACAGAGGCAGCAGCUCAGGCCGCUUACCUGGUUGGCAUCUCAGAUCCAAACAGUCAGGCUGGUCAGCAGGGUCUUGUGGAUCCAAUUCAAUUUGCCAGAGCCAAUCAAGCAAUCCAGAUGGCUUGCCAGAAUUUGGUAGAUCCAGCAAGCAGCCCAUCACAGGUAUUAUCAGCUGCCACAAUCGUGGCCAAACAUACUUCUGCUUUGUGCAAUGCUUGUCGCAUUGCUUCAUCAAAGACAGCAAAUCCUGUUGCCAAGAGACACUUUGUGCAGUCUGCCAAGGAAGUUGCAAACAGCACUGCUAACCUAGUUAAAACUAUCAAGGCCCUGGAUGGUGAUUUCUCUGAAGAGAACCGCAACAAGUGCAGAAUUGCUACUGCGCCUUUGAUAGAGGCUGUGGAAAAUCUAACGGCAUUUGCUUCAAAUCCAGAAUUUGUCAGCAUACCAGCACAGAUCAGCACUGAGGGAUCACGAGCACAGGAACCAAUUCUAGUUUCUGCUAAAACAAUGUUGGAGAGCUCAUCUUUAUUGAUCAAAACUGCUCGUUCUCUGGCUAUCAAUCCAAAAGACCCUCCUACAUGGUCCGUACUAGCUGGGCAUUCCCAUACUGUCUCAGAUUCUAUCAAGAGCCUUAUCACCUCCAUCAGGGACAAGGCCCCAGGCCAGCGAGAAUGUGACUUCUCCAUUGAUGGGAUCAACAGAUGCAUCAGAGACAUUGAGCAGGCCUCCCUUGCAGCAGUCAGUCAGAGUCUGGCGACCAGGGAUGACAUCUCAGUUGAGGCUCUACAGGAGCAGCUGACAUCAGUCGUCCAGGAAAUCGGCCACCUCAUUGAUCCCAUAGCUACUGCAGCUCGGGGGGAGGCAGCUCAGCUUGGGCACAAGGUACCGUCCUACCAUUACGAGUGUGUUCGAUAUCUUGAACAGCCGGACGUUAGGGGAGACCACAAUUUGGUCUCCCUAGUUUUAUCUGCCCUUCAAGCGGGAAACAAAGGCACCCAAGCCUGUAUUACAGCGGCUAGCGCCGUGUCUGGCAUAAUUGCAGAUCUAGACACCACUAUCAUGUUUGCUACUGCCGGAACCCUUAAUGCCGAGAACGACGAAUCGUUUGCGGACCACAGGGAAAAUAUCCUGAAAACAGCAAAAGCUUUAGUGGAAGAUACAAAAUUGUUGGUUUCUGGUGCUGCCUCCAGUCAGGACAAACUGGCCCAAGCAGCUCAGUCAUCAGCUAACACCAUCACUCAACUUGCUGAGGUAGUAAAAUUGGGAGCUGCUAGCUUGGGAUCCGAUGAUCCUGAAACACAGGUUGUCCUGAUCAAUGCUAUCAAGGAUGUUGCAAAGGCCCUUUCUGAUCUCAUUGGUGCUACCAAAGGAGCUGCCAGCAAACCAGCAGAUGAUCCGUCCAUGUACCAACUGAAAGGUGCUGCCAAGGUGAUGGUAACAAAUGUCACAUCGCUUUUGAAGACUGUUAAAGCAGUAGAAGAUGAAGCUACUCGAGGGACAAGAGCUCUUGAGGCCACAAUUGAGUACAUCAAACAGGAACUCACGGUGUUUCAGUCAAGGGAGGUUCCAGAAAAGACAUCAUCACCUGAAGAAUCAAUCCGGAUGACGAAAGGAAUCACCAUGGCAACUGCCAAAGCUGUUGCAGCUGGGAACUCAUGCAGACAGGAGGAUGUGAUCGCUACAGCAAAUCUGAGCCGCAAAGCUGUAGCUGACAUGCUGACAGCUUGUAAGCAAGCAUCAUAUCACCCAGAUGUAAGCGAAGAAGUUCGGGAGAGAGCCCUGCGCUUUGGAAUAGAAUGUACCCUGGGAUAUUUGGAACUUCUGGAACAUGUUCUCUUGAUCCUUCAAAAACCAUCUCCAGAACUAAAGCAUCAGUUGGCCUCAUUGUCCAAGCGGGUGGCUGGUGCUGUUACAGAGCUCAUCCAAUCAGCAGAAGCAAUGAAAGGGACAGAGUGGGUGGAUCCAGAAGACCCAACAGUCAUUGCGGAGACAGAGCUACUAGGGGCUGCAGCAUCAAUUGAGGCUGCAGCGAAGAAGUUAGAGCAGCUGAAACCAAGAGCCAAGCCAAAGCAAGCAGAUGAGACUCUGGAUUUCGAAGAACAGAUCCUGGAAGCAGCUAAAUCCAUUGCAGCUGCUACCAGUGCCCUUGUGAAGUCAGCUUCUGCAGCCCAGAGAGAGCUGGUGGCACAGGGAAAGGUUGGAGCAAUCCCUGCAAAUGCAGCUGAUGAUGGACAGUGGUCUCAGGGACUUAUUUCUGCUGCCCGAAUGGUGGCAGCUGCAACCAGCAAUCUCUGUGAAGCAGCUAAUGCCUCAGUACAAGGCCACGCUAGUGAGGAGAAGCUCAUCUCAUCUGCCAAACAAGUGGCAGCUUCUACAGCACAGUUGCUUGUGGCUUGCAAAGUGAAGGCUGAUCAUGACUCUGAAGCCAUGAGGAGGCUACAGGCUGCAGGAAAUGCUGUCAAGCGAGCAUCAGACAAUCUUGUCAGGGCGGCCCAGAAAGCAGCAUUUGGGAAAGCAGAGGAUGACGAUGUUGUGGUCAAAACAAAGUUUGUGGGUGGCAUUGCUCAGAUCAUUGCAGCCCAAGAAGAAAUGCUGAAGAAGGAAAGAGAGCUGGAAGAGGCAAGGAAAAAACUGGCUCAGAUCCGCCAACAGCAAUACAAAUUUCUACCCACAGAGCUGAGAGAAGAUGAGGGUUAACCUGCUGAGAUUUUCAUCUUUUUUUGUUGUUCUUUUACUAUUUUUUUUCUUUUCUUUUAAAGAAAUAAGCUAAAGGGGGACAGUACAGUGAGAACUGCUCUGACAACAUUCUGGUAUGCCAAGCACUUAGCUAAAUAAAUGUCCUGUCAUACCUUUGGAUGAGCAGAGGGCAAUAAACACUUGUUCUUUCUCAUCUGGUCAGCUGAGGUGCAUGAUGAUCAAAUAAUGGUACAGUGUUAGGUUCAUCAUUCCUGUUCCUUCCUUGACUUAUAUCUCAGGAGAGAAUGUUUCACUUUUUUACUAAAGAUACUAAGUCAGUAUUAUUGUCACUUUCCUGAUGCUUCAGGUAUUUAUCGUUCCUUGACUUGUUAUAAAACAUUUAUAAUAUUAAUAGGAAAACAGUCAAGAAAUCUUUCAUAUGAUAAAUAUCACAUGAGCUGGUGGUUCUCCCCCAACUACACUUGUAAAAGUACCAAGAUGGAGAAGGAUGUAUGUCUGAGUGGAGAAACAUGCAUGAGUGUGGGUUUGAAGAAGAUGCCUGUUCUCUUUCAGUGUUAUAUAGUUGGUUCACCCCAAAACUGGAGGAGCUGUCUCUGCACCUGUUUGCACUAGUAGUAUUACUCCUUACCAGACACCAACAAGCUUCUGCUUGUACAGUAUUUAGGUUUACAAAAUGUGGCAAUAGCCAUUCUUUAAAGAGCUCAGAAAACAAAGAAAUGGAAACCUCGUCACUGCCUCAAUAAUAGCAGGUUCAUGAAGGAAAAUGCUGUUUCAAUUAUAUACCUCUAAUGUGUGACUACUUUUACAGUAUUAUACACACAUACACGUGCUCUAACAUUGGACUGAAUAGUUUGCAUUUUGUUUUUUAAUUGAAGUUAUCUGGUUUGUACUGUGGGAUUUCUGUUAGAAUGUAUGUUAUUUUAAAAAGGGAAAUGCCCAGUACAACAAAAGACUAUCACAACUCUUGUUAUUCUUUUAAUAAUUUCAUUUAUAAUUCUUAUUUUUUGAAACCUGUGGGUAUUGUAGGAGAAAAGAGUAAGUCAUUUAUGAGUAGACUUUUCCUGUAAUAUCUUUUAAAAAAUCUGGAUUCAAGGGAGUUUGUUUUCAUAAUCGGUAUUGAUGAAAACGUACUCACCAACGAAUUGCAGAGAAGCAAUAGCAGCAAUCUAUCAGCAAUCUUUGUCUUCAGCUGCAGAAAGGUGCGGUAUGUUCUCAAUAUCUCUGUUGUGACCUAAACAAUAGUAAUAUGGUUAGAAUGCGUAACACAUUCUACUCUGUCAAAGAAUGAACACAAAUCACAGCAACUUUAGCAAAAGCUCAACUAUUUGACUAACUACAGAAACACCAUCUCUCCUAACAACAAUUUCCAACAUGCUUCCAACUCCACUCAAGCCCUCUUAAACAAUAAUGUCGUCUAUUUAGGUCAAAGGAUGUUGCCACUCCAGUCCUUCUGAAGGCUGUGCUGUCAUUUAGAUACCUGCCAAGUACAUUCAGCUGAGCCUCUUAUGUUAUAUGCAUACCCACCUAGUUGUCAUUGUUGCAGAAAUACUUGUCUUGUAGACUCAAAAGUAACCCCCCCCCAGUAGGUAGGUUUACCCCUUUAGAUAGUGCUAACUCCUCAUUUACGUUACCUGCAUGAGAUAUAAUUAUCAGGAAUUUUGUCACACUAGUGUUAAAUAUAUAGCAAAAAAUUACUAGAGAAUUAAUAAAUAUUAAAGUGUACAAAGAUUUUUACUGUUUGUUAGAGUCUCUUCUCUGGUACUGAUGUAUUUCAGACUCAGUAGAGUUGCUGGAGAAUCCACAGUCAUGAGAGGAAAAAUGGCAAAUCCCACAUGGAAUCACUGGCAUUGACAGAUGUGCUGCAAUGUGUAAGCUUGUGUGCAUAUGCAAACUCUGACUAUGAGAGACAUGCAAUUCCGAGUUCUGUAAUUUUCCACUUCAGCACAAUUGAUUUGAUUUUUUUCACUCAACUCACUGUGAGCAGUGUCACAGAAUCUCAAUGUUAAGAAUUCCUAUUAAAAAAAAAAAUUUCCUGUAAAUUUUAGCAGAAGGCUAAAUUGGUGCUUAUUGUUGUAAGGCUUAAAUAAAGACAGCUCUACUGAUAGGGAUUUUCUGCUGCUGUUGGUAAGUUCAGCUUCUUUGCAGCUCAUGGCGUUCUCUCUUUUUUUUACCUGGAUAGCUUCCAAUUCCCAUCUCUUUUUUGGAAAAAAAUGCCAGACAUUUGUUACUGCUUCCCUUUCAACCUGUUUAACCUAUUGUUUGGUCUCAUUAAAGCACGAAGAAGGAUGAUGGUGUCUUUAACACCAUGGCAGUAUUUUAUUGUAGGUAUAAUACUGUUGUAAUAUAUUUUGAUCAGGAUAGUAUUUGCGAGUUUGAAAGAAGCCAAAAGCCUGGUCAAAUGCAACUAUAUAUGGAAAUUGCAUAGCUAGAAAAUUUUAUCAGUAUGUAGAAGGAAAGAACAUGCUCAAAUUGUGUUCCAGAUAAAUUUGUUUGGGAAGUGCAUUUUAGCAUAGUUCUUUUGAGACCUAUUUCUGAUUUAAUGUCCCCUCUUAUUUGACAGAAAGUCUUGUUCUUUUUUUUCUCCUUAGCUAUGUGUUCCAUAGAGGAAUGACAGUCAGAUGAGUAGCAGAACUGAACAAACUGAAGUAUUUUUUUUACUCUGAAUUUUUGGUCUUCAUUUGGGAAAGAAUAUAAGCUCAUCUAAAGUCUUCCUAUUUCAAUUUUUUUUCCUGUUUUAAUUUGCAGUACCACUGAAGUCCAUAUGUGAAUGUCUGUGGUGUUUGGAACUAGUCCAUGCAUUUAUUUGUCAUGGAGACUUGCAGCAGGAAGUGACAAGUUGGAGUAAGGGCUGGAAACUAGUUAAUAAGAAGGACAUAAGUUUACUUUGUUCUGUUAACUAGUGAAAUGGUAAAUGAGCUCUGUUGUAUCUCACCCUUCUUCAUGUGAAAUUCACUUUAAGGAACUGUAUGCAAAUUAAAAGCAAAUUGCCUCAAA